CAAAAACAAAACAUACUAACCACAGCACAAAUUUCCAUGCAACUUAAUUCAACGGUCAAGAUGAAACUUAACAAGAUCAAACGGUUAAGAUGUAGUAUAAAUUCCUUAAUCAACUCACGGAUUACGAUGUUUCACUUUGGGAGCAAAUGUGGAACCCACACAGUACAGUCUACUGAGUGUUGUUGCCUACUGCCUACUCACAAAGGCGGGAACCCAAAGAAGAAGUAUGGCCCUUUCCUGUCAUCAGAUAUGAGAAUGAGAUUGUGAUGAUGAGAGAGAAACUAACUUUGUUUUUUUAGAGAGAGAAACAUGCUUUGUGUGUGUGUUUAUGUUACUGUUAGUGUUUAGCUCUUAACUCAAAUGACAUUGUAGUGUUUCUUAGGAGUUUUUGUCUGUCUUUGUUUUUGUUGUUUUUUUACCUUAAUCUUUGUACCCUUUAAUUUGUUUUCAACUUUUUCACUUUUUAAUUUGUUUCCAAGUGAAAAAGGAAGAAACUUUGUUUAUGGGUCUUGUUGCUUUUGUUUGGUUUUGUUAGUCACUCAUUGUUACUAGUACUACUAAACCUUGGAAUAGUUCUUUGUUCUUGUUUAUUGCUUUUUGUAGGUUCAAAUUCUUGUUCUUGUUAGUGUAAAGGUGAAAAAUUUAUGGGUGAGAGAGGAAUAAAAAGAUGGGGUUUUGUAGAAAAUGAUAAGGAUUCUUUUUAUGAAAGCUUUCUUGUGAAGAUUUUGGUUUGAAAAAUGAAAAGUUUGUGGAAUAUGCUUAUUCUUAUUCUUAUUCUUAUGCUUGUAUUCUCUUAAACAACCCAUUUUAGCAUAGAGUCUAAAAAUUAAGUCUUCUGAAGUGUGAUGAAUUUGUUUCUAAGUUUUGUGUUUUUGUGGUGAUGCUAUUUUUCAUAUGGGGUUGAUUUGUGGAUGUGGUUUUGUUUUUUGUGUUUUGAUGUUUAAGAAAAGACAAACUUUUUUUUAUCUUGCAAAGGAAUUGUUGGUAUUUCAGCCACUUGUUCUUCUUCUGUUCUUGUUCAGUUUGCAUUAUAACACUGUGCAAUGUGAAGGAAGAUUGAGUAAAAACAUAUCUUCUGAGACUUCAUCACAAUCAGAUUACAAAGAUAAUCCUAGGAAGGUUAUUGUUAGCAUAGUUUUAGGAGCAGUCACUGGAUUAAUUGGUUCUGUUCUCUUUGCAUUUGUGAUUCGUUGUAUUGUUCGGUAUCUUAACCGAACACCAAUCCUCAAAGGACCUGUCAUAUUCUCCCCCAAAAUUGCCUCAAAGACACUCCAAUUAGCUUUGUCAAAAGAAAACCAUUUACUUGGUUCAAGUCCAAAUGGGAAAUACUACAAAACUGUUCUUGAAAAUGGUCUCACAAUUGCAGUCAAAAGGCUAACACCUUUUGAGAGCAAUUCACCAGAGAGUAGGAGAAAAUCAGUGAAGAGGCAAAUACAGAUGGAGUUAGAGCUUCUUGCUAGCUUAAGACAUAGGAAUUUGAUGAGUUUAAGGGCUUAUGUUCGCCAAAAUGAUGGAUUCUCGUUGGUUUAUGAUUAUGUAUCAACUGGAAGUCUUGCAGAUGUGAUGAAUAGAGUGAGGGAAAAUGAGUUGCAGAUUGGUUGGGAAGUUAGGUUAAGGAUUGCUGUUGGUGUGGUGAAGGGUCUUCAAUAUCUUCAUUUCACUUGUGUGCCACAGAUUUUGCAUUUCAAUUUGAAGCCUACUAAUGUGAUGUUGGAUGCUGAGUUUGAACCUAGAUUGGCUGAUUAUGGAUUGGCUAAACUUCUACCAAACUUAGAUAGAGGGAUAUCUCUCAACACCCCUCCUGAAUGUUUACAUAAUCGCAGCAGGUACACUGAAAAGAGUGACAUAUUCGGUUUCGGCAUGAUACUAGGUGUUUUAUUAACUGGUAAGGAUGCUGCGGAUCCAUUCUUUGGAGAAGCAAGCAGAGGAGGAAAUUUGGGAUGUUGGCUACGACACUUGAAGCAAGCCGGCGAGGAACGAGAAGCUCUAGAUAAGAGUAUUUUGGGGGAACAAGGUGAAGAAGAUGAGAUGCUAAUGGCUGUUGGGAUUGCUGCAGCUUGCUUAUCUGAUAUGCCUGCUGAUAGACCUUCCAGUGAUGAACUUGUUCACAUGCUAACACAACUCAAUAGUUUUUGAAUUAAAACUUCAUUCUUCUAUUUCUUUAGAGAUAUUUUUCUUUUGUUUUAGACCCUUUUCUAUAUACUAAGAUGUUAGGGGUUUUGGUUGGUCAUGAUGAUUCUGGUGUAAUUCAUUGUUUUGCAUGAUCUUUGUUUUGAUGGUGUGCUUGACA